AGGAUGCAGAAGAAGAGCUGCUUAACUCCGAAGCUUCCCAGAGCCCUGAGAGAAAAGAGGACAAAGCGGAGAAGGCGAGAGGAAGACCACAGAAAAGCGAAAAAGAGAAGCAAGGAAAGAAAAGAGAAAUGGAAGGCUCCAAGACACACAGCUCUGAAAGCAUGCCUGGAGACCUAUCAGAAGCCCUGAAGGAAGCCACCAAAGAGGUGCAUGAGCAGGCAGAGAACACAGAGUUUAUGAAGAAUUUCCAGAGGGGGCAGGUGUCACUCCAGGAGUUUAAGAUGGUUCUGACUUCUCUGUACUACAUCUACUCUGCUCUGGAGGAGGAGAUUGAGCGUAACAAGGAUCACCCGGCCUAUAUCCCCGUUUACUUCCCAGCUGAACUGCACCGUAAGACUGCCCUGCAAGAAGACUUGGAGUAUUUCUAUGGCCCACUGUGGAGGGAAGAGAUCUCAUGUCCCGAGUCCACUCAGAAAUAUGUGAAUAGGCUCCACUAUGUGGGCCAGCAUGAACCAGAGCUCCUGGUGGCCCAUGCCUACACUCGGUACCUGGGAGACCUAUCUGGUGGGCAGGUGUUAAAGAAGAUUGCCCAGAAAGCUCUCCACCUACCCAAUACAGGAGAAGGACUGGAGUUCUUCACCUUUGAAGGGGUGUCCAAUGCCACAAAGUUCAAGCAGCUGUACCGCUCCCGGAUGAACUCCAUCGAGAUGGACCCAGCCACCAAGAAGAGAGUCUUGGAGGAAGCCAAGCGGGCAUUCUUGCUGAAUAUACAGGUGUUUAACGAACUACAGAAAUUGGUGUCCCAGUGCCAUGAGAACGGUCACCCUGCACAACAGAAGCCAGAGCUUCGCACAAGAGGCACCAGCGGAGCACAUGAGCAUGGACCAGCUCCUGUGAAAGAAGGUGAAAAGACAUUGAUGAAGCACACAGGCAUGCUGCCUAGCACUCCACUGGUACGGUGGAUUCUUGUCGUCAGCUUCCUAGUGACAACGGUUGCUGUGGGCUUGUUUGCCAUGUGAACAGAAGGGACUCUAGGCCUUGCCCUCCUGCCGCUCCCUCCUCAAACUAACACCCCUAAUGCCAUCCAUCCUGCCCUCUACCCGGACACUCUGAUCUUGGCUGUGCCACUCACACUUUUCCAAUGGAUUCAGAGGACUCUGAAGGCUUCGUGUGAAUUCUCUCUGAUCUCUGUUGAGAGCAUUUCUUAACCCACAGACUGAACUUGGCCAAAAAGCUGAGGCAGAAUCAGAAAGGUCGUGAAAGGCAUUGCUGGGACUUGGCGCCACUUCAGACAGUUCCUGCAAAGAGCCCCAGAUGUAAAGCACAGGUCUGGUAGCUUCCCUGCUGCCUGGGGAAAAAGCCUUACUGGUGCUUUGUUCACUCAGUGUUUCGUACAGCUGGCUGACACAGCAACGAUUGCUUCUGUGGCGUUAUGAGGUUCCCCUCUGAUUAUAGACUGUUUUAUAUGAUGCUAUUAGCCCGUUAUAGCAUAUUUUCCCAAUAUGACUCAGAUCAAUUUUGUUUUGAGACAGCAGAAUGCAGUUGUUGAAAAUACAGUGUUGUCCUUGUGUCCUGUCUGUAUAAUUUAUACAUUAACAAUAAACCUCAAUAUAAGAUGA